AUGACCAGUGAGAGUGUACUAGUUCAUAUCAUCACCUUUGUUUCUCAGCAGCUCCCAACCUUGGUACCUUUUCUGUUAGUGCUGAGAUUCAGGCCAGAAAGAAAACAGUCCUUCAGGCAGUCCCCCAAAAGUCAGAAAUUUGGACAUAUGGUUCAGUAUUUUCCUUCCCUCCCCGGGGAGAAGCUGGAAGCUGGUCUUGAUGAAGUACCAGAUAAAAAGCUUAUGCUUGAGCAUCAAGAUUCAGUGUCAAAAACCCAAAUGCACAUAAAGAAGCAAAGAACUCCCACAAGGGAAAGACUCAUUACUCAGGAUGAAGUGCCAGAUGAAAAUCUUAUGCUUGAGCAUAAAGACUCAAUAUCAAAAACAGAAAUGAAAGUAAAGAAUCGAAGAACAUCCAAAGGGGAAAGACACAUUACUCAUGAUAAAGUACAAAAUGAAAAUCUUAUGCUUGAACAUCAAGAAUCAAUGUCAAAAACCCAAAUGCAAAUAAAGAAACAAAGAGCUUCUAUAGAGAAAAGACUCACUCAUAAGCACACUCAUGAUGACGUACCACACAGAAAUCUUAUGCUUAAGCAUCAAGAUUCAGUGUCAAAACUCCAAAUGCAAGUACAGAAACAAAUGGCUUCCAGAGGGGAAGAACACAAUAUUUAUUCCCAGGAAUUUCACGUGGGUCAUAGGUCCUUGUGCUUUGUCUGUAUUAAUGGCACAGCCGUGUUGUUGAAUGUGGAUCAGCACAAUGUGCAGUCUUUGUUGGGUAGUGCCCUUGCCUGGGCCAACGAGGAGGAUGUCAUCAAUAUAGUGGAAUCUCAUUUUGGAGUACCAAAUGAAAAUCUUAUGCUUGUAAAUCAAGAUUCAGUGUCAAAAUCCCAAAUGCAAGUAGAGAAACAAAUAACUUCCAGAAGGGAAAGGCGCCCUACAUUUCCUCUUGAAAACCAGAAAAAUGAUACGAUAUCAGUUGAAAAUCUGUUUCCUGAGGAGAAAGUUUUAUUUUUGAGAAACCAAUCUCAAACUAAGAAACUUGGAGCUACCAGAAAGAAGAAUCUCGAAAAUCAAGACAUGGAUGAACUCUCAGAUGGGAACUUCACAAUUAAAGAUCUAGAACUAGCUGCAGGAUAUAAGGAUCAAAUUCAAACAAAUGGGGUUUACCAAUCUCAAAGAUUAAGAGUUAAAAAUGAAGCAGCUUCAGAACUUCCAGAUACUUCAGAAAAUCUUCCAGCAAUGAAUCCAUCAAUUAGCAACCUAAUAUUUCAAUUAGAUUUAAACAAAGUGCACAAUAGCAUCAAAAACAAUAGAAUAUUUGGGAAAAUUUAAACAAGGUUGAGAUUAUUUAAAAACAAAAAUAUGUUCUCACAUCACCAAGAAAAUUUCUCUACCAGGCACAUCACAGCAAAUAAAUUCCCAACAAAAGUGAUCAAUUUAUCACCCUUUGGCAAUCAAGAGGAAACUUAUAAGGACUUUUCACCCCAUGUGACUGAAACUUCAAAAGCACUUCACAGAUCACCUAGGGCUGAGUCAAGCAUUUAUAAAACCAUCCAGUUUCCUUCACUGGAUAAAGAACCUUCAGCAAUAAGCAUGGUAGCAGCUACCCAGCCCCAAGUCCCUAGGCCAGUGGGAGGCAGCUGUACAUGUGUUCCUGGAGCACCCAGCACACUGCUUUUGGGAGCCAGGGUGGGCAAUAAGGAAGCUGUCCUCUAA